AUGUGGCCCACACCAGCUGCUAGCACGGUGUGCAUCCUGUUAGGGAUCCUCUGUGAUGUCAAACAAGUGUAUUCAAAGCCCAAAGUGAUACAGAGACAGACCGAGCAGAGUCUAGAGGAGGCCAGGCUGCAGGAGGACAUCCAGAAAGUUAUUAAUGAGAUCCACUCUUUGUCCAGUGAAAAUGAAAACACGCGCAGCUUCGUCGUCUCCAGCGCAGGAGAGAGUUUUUAUUUAGAUGCGUAUUAUAACGUGUUGAGUCACCUGUACGGCGUCUUCCAGCCGCAGCUGAGAGGGAGAUUAUUCAACGACCUCCCCAGGAUUUUAGUUUGUCUGUUGGCUGAGAGGGAGGACUGCGGACUGGAGGCAGAUCUAACAAAGACGGUGUCUCAGGAGCUGUUAGGGCCGCUGCUGACCUUUGUGUCGUCUCUCAGAUCCCAGACCUGCUCUCCUCUCAACAGGGACGCAGAGUCGGCCUACCUCCGGAUGGGGGAAUCUGUGGCGACGGCGUUUGGUGGUUUCCAGCAAACCUUUAUUAACAUCCUGUCCAGUAUUCCUCUGUCCGGGAAUCUGAUGGGCGUUGUCAGCGGCCUCGUGAACGCAGCCGUGAUAAAUGUCUCAAAGCUCGUGGCGUCGUUGCUCCAGGUGCCGCUGGACUACAUCAGAAUAGCUUUACAGUUUGGAGUCAGGGUCCCGUCUUUAAACGGAGUGCAGACCUGUCAGCAAGGAGAUCUCAAACAGCUCAUUAUGUGGGGGAUAAACAACAAUGUGAGCUGGUCCUUCGCCACCUCCAUCACCGACAUCCUCCUGGAAAUCUUCCUGGCUCCGGAGCAGCCCCUGUGCACAUAUCCAGGGUCAGAAUGCCCGAACCCUCCCAGCGGGCCCUUCCAGCGCAGCGUCUCCGAGGCAACGGACGACAACCACAACAUCCUUCUCAAGUGCGAUCGCCACAACCUGGCCAGCCUGAAUGACACGCUGUGCGCCGACAUCAUCUCGGGUUCGAUAGUGGGAUCAUCUACGUCUGUGAUCGCCUUUUGCCAGGAGCUGAGCUCCCUCAGCCCAAACCAGAUAGAGCAGGUGUGGAGCAAGGCGUGCUAUGGUGUUCAAGCGCUGGUGUUCCUGCUCCUCGGCAGGUCGUCUGACUGCAGCAACGGGGCCUCACAGCCUCUUCCGGUGGUCACCCCUCCCUCUGAGACUCCCACCGCUCCUCAGACUGUGCCUCAUCGAGUGGCCAGAGAAGCCUCCAACCUCAAACAACUCGCCUGUAACUACAACAGCUGGUUGGAGAACGAGGCGGUGGAUGCUGUCCUCGUGACGCUGUGCAGCGAUAACGAGCGUGAGGAGUUUGUGAAGCAGGUGUGUAACAACGCGUUGCUGAUGAGGAAGUUGGUGUCGGACCAGAUGAACAGCUGGCUGUACGCGUACUGUUCCAACUCCUCUGCAGACCCUGGAUACAUGGUGAGCCAGUUUUGCGUCUACGAGCAGUGGCUCGAGCAGCCCUCAGUCCCGGUGAGCCCCCUCGUACUGGAGUUCUGCAUGAUCCUGGACAGCCCCAGACUCACCGAACUCAUCUGUGAGCACACCGGAUUCUUCAUGAUUUUAUUCUCCAACCCAGAAAAUACCCAGUUCAUGCCCAACUGCACCGGCUCGCUCCCUCCACCGUUAUUCCCUGGCAUGGAUUCACUAAUGUCUGAGUCUUGUCAUUACUCAGAGUGGCACGAUGUGACGCAGAUUACCACUGAUGAUUUGUUGCAGUGCAUCCGCCUCGAUCAGAGCGGCUUUGCCAAAGAGGUUUGCUCUAACAAAACGUUUCUAAACACCCUGCUGCGUGACAGGGCAAACGCCUGGCUUGAGAAUCACUGCAACACCUCUCUUACCUUUGUGCCCGCUGAGCCGACCCAGCCGUUCAACAUCGCGGACUGGUGUGACUACCACACGUGGGGAAAGCGGCAGGUGGACGACUCGGUGGUCGCCCUCUGCUGGCAGAACGAUCAGCUGGCCUUUCAGAAGAACGUCUGCUGCAAGGCGUCCGUGUUUGAAAAGCUGGUCGAAAACCCUCAGAACAAAUGGCUGCUAUCAGCCUGCUCAGACAUAGAGGACAUAACGGACAUGCAGGUGGUACCACAGGUGUGUAGGUACUCCGAGUGGAGCCGUCCCAUCAUCGUGGACUCGACCGAGCUGGCUCUCUGCGCUGAUAACGACCCGCUUAACUUCACCGCCAAGGUCUGCGCCAAUGACACCAUCCUCCAGAACUUGAUGGCCAAUCAGGACAACACCUGGUUAAUAUGGCACUGUGCCAACCAUUCAAAUCCAGGAGUGUCUCCCGGUGGUGACGGGGGACGAGGAGGUGGCCUGGCUGGGUUCAACCCAGCUGUGCAGUGCCAGUACUCCAGCUGGGGUGUAUCUCUUCCAGACGCAGCCCUCCUCACUCUCUGCUGGGAGCAUGACCAGGCCAAUUUCGUCUCCUCCGUCUGCCCUAACGCUGUGGUCCUCUUUCUGCUGGCCCGAGAGCCGUCCAGCAUGUGGGUGAGCAGCAUGUGCACCACCUACACUAACUACACCGCCACCACCAGCAGCAGCGGCAGCAGCAGCAACAGCAACAGCACCGCUGCAGAGCCAGAUUCCUGCCUGGCCAGAAAGCUGGUGAGGCAGUUCAACUGGAACUGCUCGGCUGACUUCACCUUGGCCUGUCACCAAGGGGCCGGUCAGAACGCCGCCCUGCAAAUGGUCGUCCGCUGCUGGGUGGAGAGUCUGAGGUACAGGGCGGAGGAUCUGCUCACUCCACCCGUGGCUGCAGUGUUGGAGCAGGCAGUCAGCACCACUGUGGUGAUCCUGUUGGCCCUGGAGGAGGCGCAGAACACCUCGCUGUACGUCACAGAAAACAUACGACUCAGAGUGUUAACGUCUGUGGUUCGCUAUCUCGAGAGGGAAAACAACUUUGAAAAAAAGAGGGUGUUGCUGCAGUGCUUUGGGUCUCUGCUGGCUCGCACUUCAUUCGACAAUUAG